AUGCUAGUCGGAGCACUUCUCUGCUCCAUCGCUAAUGCCCUCACUAUCAAGAACCACCCUCUGCCUCGAGAUCUCAUCCGCCGAGCCAAGAUCGACGAUCAAUUCACACCGCAUGGCGGAACAUUCAACUGGUAUGCCAUGGGAGAUUCGUAUACCGCAGGUCCAGGAGCGGGCGGCCUCCAUCCAAGCAACAAAGGGAAAUGCGUUCGAUCUCUAGGAUCUUACGGUCCCCAGCUCCAAGAUGAUUGGGUGUACAACCAGCCCAACGACUUGACCUUCCUUGCGUGUACUGGCGACAUUACAGACGACCUGAUCAAGACGCAGCUGCCGGAGAUCAGCAGCGAACCGCCCUCCGAUCUCACCAUUCUCACCAUUGGUGGCAAUGACAUCGGAUUCGCUAACAUUGCAGAGUCAUGUCUCGUUGGCCGAAUUGGUACAGAAGAUUGUGACAGUCUGAUCAAAAAGGCCCGGGACACGAUGGAAAGCGAAUCCUUCAAAAUCAACAUGAACAAGACCUACGACGGCAUCUUCGCCCAAAUGCCCAAAGACUUCCACUAUCAAAUUCUGCACCUUGGCUACUCGCGCUUUUUCAACGCCGACGACGGCAGCACCUGGUGCAAUGACCAGAGCUUUGGCAAACUCGGCGUCUCGCGCAUCCCCAUGCCCAAACUAACGCUCGAGCUCCGCCGCAAGAUGAACCAGCUGUCUGACGACUUCAAUACCAAGCUCCAGUUACUCACCUUCGCUUACGCCAACAAUAAAAUGAACUUCCCGGACCGAGGGACCGCCGUAGGCAACGGCUGGGUCCGAAACCGCCUCUGGUUCGGCAACGUCGACGGCCACAGCCAAAGCUUCCAGGGGCACCGAUUCUGCGAGCCGGGCGACGAAGACCCGAAGUUCGGCCUGCCCACCCAAUGGGUCUUCGGCGUAUGGGGUCCCCAGAACGACGUCGGGCCCGACGACGGCAACAGAGCCGCGACCAGCAACGGCGAAGUGGGCGCCGAAGCCUUCGCGCACAUCGACGCCACGGCGUGCAAGAACGAUCCCAGUUACAACAACGACCCGGCCUUUCAAUGGGACUGCGACAUGGCGGGCAUCUACGCCGAUCCGGCUAACGACCACAACGCGAAGACGAUCCCCGGAUUGGACUUCACACGGAGCUUCCAUCCCAAAACCCGCGGCUUCACCUCCAUCAAAGACUUCAUCCAACGAUCGAUGAGGUCGAUACGAAAGGCGCCGGCGGCGGGAGCUUGCAUUGCCAACCCCGACCCGAACACCAUCGGCGCCGAUGACAUGUCUACUCUUAUGGAUAACGUUCGCGCGAACUUCCACCUUCCCGAUGCCCCGAGUGGCUGGCCUGCGAGUCUUUGCGCCUCAAUGUCCGGCACCGCCACCGUGUAUACAGAUUCGCUGCCGACGCCGGCCCCGAGUGCCGCUCAGGCCGGGUGCCAGUUCACGGGCGAUCCGCUGACGGGGGGCUGUAAGUGCUCGGAUGGCUCGACGCCGGCGAGAGAUGAGGAUAAUAGAUGCUGUUUGUAUAAUCAGCCUGGCGGAGAUCAAUGCUUUAGCAAUGGGUAA